CUCCCCCCUCCCACCGGCCGCCCGUCAGCGCCCGCCCGCCUCGGUUGACUCUUUCGGUCAGUUCCCCGGCCCCCGCAGUCGCCCGCGAAGAUGUCCUACAACUUCAAGAAGAUCCAGGUCGUCCCCUCCUCGACGGACUUUGUGGACAUUGUCCUGUCGAAGACCCAGCGCAAGACGCCGACCGUCAUCCACAAGGGCUACGCCAUCUCGCGUAUCCGUAACUUCUACAUCCGCAAGUGCAAGUUCUCGCAGCAGACCUUCCACGACAAGCUGAGCCAGAUCCUGGCGGACUUCCCCCAGCUGGACGAUGUCCACCCGUUCUACGGCGACCUGAUGAACGUCCUCUACGACCGUGAUCACUACAAGCUGGCCCUCGGUCAGAUCAACGCCGCCCGCCAGCAGGUCGACAACAUCGCCAAGGACUACCUGCGUCUGCUCAAGUAUGGUGACUCGCUGUACCGCUGUAAGCAGCUGAAGCGCGCUUGCCUGGGUCGCAUGUGCACCCUCAUGGCCCGGCUCAAGGACACCCUGGCCUACCUGGAGCAGGUCCGCCAGCAUCUGGCCCGUCUGCCCUCCAUCGACCCCAACACCCGUACCCUGCUGAUCACCGGGUACCCGAACGUCGGGAAGUCCUCCUUCAUGAACAAGGUCACUCGCGCCGAUGUGGAGGUCCAGCCGUACGCCUUCACCACCAAGUCCCUCUUCGUGGGCCACAUGGACUAUCGGUACCUGCGCUGGCAGGUGAUCGACUCGCCGGGAAUCCUGGACCACCCGCUGGAGGACCGGAACACCAUCGAGAUGCAGUCGAUCACCGCGCUGGCCCAUCUGCGCUGCUGUGUGCUCUUCUUCAUCGACGUGUCGGAGGAUUGCGGCUACACCCUGGCCCAGCAGGUGGCCCUGUUCCAUUCGAUCCGGCCGCUGUUCACCAACAAGCCGGUGGUGCUGGUCCUGUCCAAGCUGGACCUCAUGCGCUAUGAGCAGCUCAGCGACGAGGGCAAGGCCCAGAUCCAGACCUGCCUCGAUACCGGGGCCACCAUGGUCGAGGCGUCCACCCUGACCGAGGAGGGCGUCAUGGAUGUCAAGCAGACCGCCUGCGACAAGCUGCUGGCCAUGCGCGUGGAGAACAAGCUCCGCAACAAGAAGGCCGAGGACAUCACCUCGCGCCUGCACCUGGCCAUGCCCACCAAGCGCGAUGAUGUCAUCCGCAUGCCCAUCCGCCCGGAGGGGGAGAUCGUCCCGUACGACCCGAAGGACCCGAACCGCGUGCUGCUGGCCAAGGACUACGAGCGCAUGGGCGGCGGCGCCGGUGUCUACAAUGUGGACCUGCGCGCGGACUACCUGCUCAAGAACCCGGAGUGGAAGUACGACGCCAUCCCCGAAAUCUGGGACGGCAAGAACAUCAUCGACUUCGUGGACCCGGACAUCGAGGAGAAGCUCCUGGCUCUCGAGCGCGAGGAGGAGGCCCUCGAGGCGGCCGGUUUCUACGACGAGGACGAGGAGAUCGAGGACGAGGAGCUCACUGCCAAGCGCGAGCUCGCGGCCCAGAUCCGCGCCAAGAAGGACGUCCUCAAGCAGCGCAACCACAUCAAGGCCAUGUCGCGCCGCAACAAGGCCCCCAUGCCCCGGACGAAGACCGCCGUCUCGGCCACCGAGUUCAUCUCCACCAUGCGCGAGCUGGGCCUGGACAUCACCGACGUCAAUGGCGGCGAGCGGACCUCCCGCCGGGAGCGCUCCAAGCGCAUGCGCGACGGCGAGGAGGGCGGCUCCGACGCCGAGAUGGCCGUCGACACCGACGGCCCGGCCGGCGGCCCGGCCAAGCGCUCCCGCUCCAUGGUCCGCAGCGAGUCCCGCGCUCGCAGCCUUUCCAUGCCGCGCGAGCCGUCGGCCAUGGGUCUGCGCGACUCGCGCCAGGUCCUCCUGGCCGCCAACCAGAUCAGCCAGUCCCAGCGCCGUCUCAAGACCGACGGUCGCCGCGGCGAGGCCGAUCGCCACAUCCCCACCAACAUGCCGCGCCACAUGUUCUCCGGCAAGCGCAAGCAGGGCACCAACGACCGCCGCUAAUAAGGGGGCGGGCGAGAAAGGCCCGCGCGGGUGGCUUGUGUCCCCCUUUCCUCCCCCCUCCCCCCCCUCUCUCUCCGUUUCUCCCGCGUUCCCCCCGGCCUCCGCCGCCGGCCCUCCUCCUCCUGGGCUCCGUGCCGAUGUGUGUCGCUUUCUGGUGGCCGUGUGGCGGCCGUCUGGCUCGCCCGGUUGUUCAUCGAUCCAUCGCCGGCGCCCGGGGGGAGGGGCGGCCGGCAGCGACUCCGGGGGGCGCCCCCGGGGCCUCGGGGUGGUGGUGGUGGAACGGCGGGGGACGACACACGCCAUGUCCUUGUCCUGUCUGCCUCGCUCUGCCUGCGUGCUGGGUCGGCGCGGCGCGCCGCGCCGCUGGGGCCCUUCUCCUCCUGUGCAUGCGGCACUGGCCUGUGUUUGGCCUGCGCGCGCCUGGGCGGGGGGAGAAGAGGGCCUGGCCACUACUCGUCCGGGCGGGCAUCCGCCCACGGCCGAGACGCUGGCGCGUGUCUGUGCAUGCUCUCUGUCUCUGUCUCCCUUUCCCCUUGCUUCUCCCUCCCUCCUGUGUCAUUCUUUCAUAGAUCAUUGUAAUAUUAUAUACCUUCCCCAAAGA